AUGUCAACCGAAUCAAAACUCUGGCAGCCCCUCAAACUGGGAAACGCCACUCUCUCCCAUCGCAUCGCCCUCGCUCCUCUAACACGCUUCCGCAACGACGAUGACCAUCUCCCCCUCGACCUCAUGAUAAAAUACUACGCCGACCGCGCUUCAACCCCCGGAACUCUCGUCAUCAGUGAAGCAACCGGCAUUUCCAAAACAGGCGAAGCAGCCCCCAACCUACCAGGCAUCACCUCCCCAGAGCAAAUCGAGGGCUGGAGAAAGAUCUACGACGCUGUCCAUGCUAAGGGGAGUUACAUGUUUCAACAGAUUUGGGACCUUGGAAGGGCGGGCGAUCCGGAUUAUUUGAAGAAGAGGGGGUAUAAGUACUCAUCGAGUAGCGCAGUUCAGAUGGAGGGUAAGAAUGCGAAGCCUGAGGCGUUGACGGAGGAGGAGAUCUGGGAAAAGAUUGGGGAGUUCAGACAGGCUGCGAGGAAUGUUGUCGAUGCUGGUGGUGAUGGUGUUGAGAUCCACGGUGCUCAUGGAUAUCUUAUCGACCAGUUCAUCAGCGAAAACAUCAACAACAGAACCGACAAGUGGGGAGGCUCCGUCGAGAACCGCGCCCGCUUCCUCCUCGAAGUCAUCAAAGCCACCGUGGAAGAAAUCGGCGCUGAGCGAACCGCCCUCCGUCUAAGUCCCUUUGCAACAUUCCAAGCCGCAUUUACCGCCAAUACCUGGGAGCAAUAUGGCUACAUCUUCAAUGAGCUCAAGAAAGCAAGCUACAAGCUCGCUUAUGUCUCGCUCGUCGAACCGCGAGGUAACCCAGCUUACCUCGAUGCUGCACCCAAAGAUCUUGGCUCAGACAAGGUUAAUCCCUUUGGAGACAAGAAGCAGAGUCUCGAGUACUUUCUUGAGAUGUGGGAUAACCAGUCCCCUGUUAUUGUUGGAGGUGGAUAUAUCCCCGAGAACGUUUACGAUGCUGUUGAUGGGAGCUACAAAAAGUGGGAUGUUAUCGUGGCUUUUGGGCGAUGGUUUAUCUCGAACCCUGACUUGGUCUUCCGGCUCAAGUAUGGUGUUGCUCUAACGCCUUAUCAAAGGGAUACCUUCUAUGCUCCCAAGACUGAUAAGGGAUACAAUGACUAUACUUUCAGUCAGAGAUAUCUGGAGGCUACGAAGGCGCAGACGAAGUACCAGGAAUUGGCGGCAAUAGAGCAAGCGGUUGAAGCAUGA